CAGCGUUUCAAUUAUUGGUAAUUUCAAUUUUACCCCCGAAAAAGGAGUGGUCAUCGAACAAAACGAGCACAGCGAAGCCUCCAACGCUUUGGUUUCUUCACCACCACUACCCUUCGCCUCUCUCUUUCUAAAAACCAGAAACAACAAACGCAAACCGAAAAGGCAAAAGGGUUUUCCAAGUGAGAUCUAGGGUUUCCUUCGAUUCGGAAACAGGAAAUUGAUCCAACGACCUCAACGAGGAGGUGGAGUAGUGGAGCAUGGAUUCGGUGCCUUCGAAUUCCCAUGGAAACCUCGAUGAGCAGAUUUCUCAGCUCAUGCAGUGCAAACCCUUGUCUGAGCAAGAGGUAAGGGUCUUGUGUGACAAGGCAAAGGAGAUUUUGAUGGAAGAGAGCAAUGUCCAGCCUGUGAAAAGUCCUGUUACAAUUUGUGGUGAUAUUCAUGGGCAAUUCCAUGAUCUUGCAGAGCUUUUUCGCAUUGGAGGAAGGGUAUUUUUUAUGUGUCCAGAUACAAAUUACUUGUUUAUGGGAGAUUACGUGGACCGUGGCUAUUAUUCUGUUGAAACUGUUACGCUUUUGGUUGCCCUUAAAGUGCGCUAUCGUCAGCGUAUCACUAUUCUGAGGGGAAAUCACGAAAGUCGCCAGAUUACUCAAGUUUAUGGGUUUUAUGAUGAGUGCCUGCGGAAGUAUGGUAGUGCUAAUGUUUGGAAGAUCUUUACUGAUUUGUUUGACUACUUUCCAUUGACAGCAUUGGUUGAAUCUGAAAUAUUUUGUCUUCAUGGGGGGUUGUCACCAUCUAUUGAAACCCUCGAUAACAUACGUAAUUUUGAUCGUGUACAAGAAGUUCCUCAUGAGGGACCCAUGUGUGAUCUUCUAUGGUCUGAUCCGGAUGAUCGUUGUGGUUGGGGCAUCUCUCCUAGAGGUGCUGGAUAUACCUUCGGCCAGGACAUAUCUGAGCAAUUUAACCAUACCAAUAACUUGAAGCUGAUAGCUAGAGCUCACCAGCUGGUUAUGGAAGGAUAUAACUGGGGUCAUGAUCAAAAGGUGGUUACCAUAUUUAGUGCACCUAACUAUUGUUAUCGUUGUGGGAACAUGGCAUCAAUUCUUGAAGUUGAUGACUGCAAAGGACACACAUUCAUUCAGUUUGAGCCAGCUCCAAGGAGGGGAGAACCAGAUGUAACUAGGAGAACACCUGAUUAUUUCCUAUGAUACUAUUUUGGUUGGGUUGCUGUUUACAGCACAGCAACUAAUGCCCUGCAGUAAUGUGCAAGCUCAUCUACUUGUCCAAAUCAGAGCCAUGAAUCAUAUUGAUACUUAUAUUUUCGAAGUUAGGCUUCGCUGGAUGUGUUAUUUAGUUGAAUUAUAACUGAAUCUUUCCAAGAGGAAGCUGAGGAGCAGGCGAUGCUAUUGUGGGCAUGUGUAUCAUUCCAGCAUGCAAUGUAUCAAUUUUAAUGUUUUGUUUCCAAUUUUUCCUUUUCUAUUUAUUUGCAAACUCUCUUGACGUUUCUUUUCUCAAUUUAGGAUUAUUAUCAAGGGGGCGGGUUUCUGUAGAUGGAUAAUACUUCAACAUAUCUUUUAAUGGGUGUUUUACUAUUUUUUUAGCCGUC